AUGGAGUCCCUGCUCUUCGUCGCCUUCGGCCCGCUUGUCGUGCUCGUCCUCAGAUGGAGGGUGGUCCGCACAAUCCGAAAGUGCAUCGACAUCACCGGACCUGCUAAGGACCAUUUCUUCAAGGGCUUGCAACUUCCAUCAAAUCUUCCAGAUGGUCUCCGGUUCAAUCUAAACAUGUCUGAGCAAUACGGUGGCGCUGUUCGAGUGCAUGUGCUGCUUGGAGAAGAGCAGUUGUACGUCUCGGACCCUCGUACCCUCCAUCACAUUAUAGUCAAGGAGCAGCACAUAUAUAAUGAAACAGACGCCUUCUUAAUGACGAACAAGCUGAUUUUCGGAACCCAACACAAGAAGCAGAGGAAGAUGCUCAAUCCUGUGUUUUCUCUCGCGAAUAUGCGAGACCUCCUGCCAAUCAUCCAACCAAUCGCCGAUCAGCUGCUCGCUGCACUGUUAACAGAAUUGCCACCCGACGGCGAGAAAGAGAUCAACAUCAUUCCACUGAUGUCCCGCACUGCCUUGGAGUACAUAUGUCAAGCGGGCAUGGGCUACACCUUCAACACGCUGGAGUCGGGCACGACAUCAUACCCGACAGCGAUGCGCAUCAUCAUGCUCCGGCCAUUUAUCCCGCACAUCGUACGUGGUCUGCCCCUCCGCUGGUGCAACGCCCUCGUCGACUGGGUCCCCAUGCCUGCCCUACGUGAGAUGUGCGAAAUUGUGGGCACACUCGACAGCGUGAGCAAGACUAUUUAUGCAGAGAAGAAAGCUGCAAUGGACGGGCGCGCCACGAAGGGUGCACUUGUGGGCGGUGAUCUCGGUCCGCGGAUGAAAGGCCGGGACAUCAUAAGCAUCUUGCUGAAGGCGAAUUCGUCCUCGUCAGAUGCCGACCGACUCACCGAGGCCGAGCUCCUCGGACAAAUGAACACCAUCAUCUUCGCAGCGUUCGAGACGACCACCGUCGCCAUCGCGCGCCUCUUCUACGUCCUCGCGACGCGCCCGGACGCGCAGGCGCGCCUGCGGAACGAGCUGCGCGCGGCGAAGCAGGCGCAUGCAGUGGCCGGCGAGCGCUGGGAGGAUGUCGCGCUGCCGUACGACGCGCUAAUGGGCUUGCCGUACCUCGAUGCGAUCGUGCGCGAGACGUUCCGCGUCUACCCGCCGACGUCGCUCAUGAGCCGUGUCACCAGGCAGGCGACGGUCCUCCCGCUCGAGCAGCCUGUACGUUCCUCGUCCGGCGAACGGAUCUCGUCCAUACCCUUGCCCGAGGGUACGACCGUCAUCGUCUCCAUCCUCGCCGCGAACCACAACAAAGAGGUGUGGGGUGAGGACGCCUCAGCGUGGUGCCCGGAGCGCUGGCUCACUGCAUCGAGCGAGCGAAUCCGCAUAGAUGCUCCUUCGGAAAGCAAGAUCAAGUAUCCCGGAGUCUAUGCAUCAAUGAUGACCUUCUUGGGAGGCGGACGUGCCUGCAUCGGAUUCAAGUUUGCGGAGAUGGAGCUGAAGCAAGUCGUCGCGACCCUCCUACCCGCAUUGAGCCUCGAGCUUCCUUCAGAGCCUGACGAGAGCGGUAAUGUCAAGGAGAUAUACUGGAAGAUGAAUGGCUUGCAGGUGCCCGUGGUCCGUCUGCCCUUCGGCGACGAUCGCACGCCACAGGUGCCGUUGACGAUCAGGAGAGUGGAAGAACGUGACUUUUCUUGA